AUGGUGGGAGCGGGCUCCAUGGCAGUCAGAAAGAGUAAAUCCUCCUCGCCUGAUCAUCUGAACAAGCUUGUGGCCGGAACUCUCAAAGAUGAAGUGAAGAAGCGGGAGAGAAAAAGAAGGAAGGAGAUGGAGAAGUUGAAGAAGAUGAAUGAGAAGAAGGAGAAGAAGGAGAAGAAGGAGAAGAAGGAGAAGAAGGAGAAGAAGGAGAAGAAGGAGAAGAAGGAGAAGAAGGAGAAGAAGGAGAAGAAGGAGAAGAGGAAAGAAAUGUGCUCAGAUGACAGAAGAUUUGUGUUUAGUGCAACAAGUCCCGUGGAGAUGAGAGUUCCCUUCUCUCCAGUUAUGAGGACCAUGGCUAUGCAGAAGUUAACGUUUUCCCUGACGGCGUUUGAUCCCACUCCCAGCGAGUGCAGCUUGGCUUUUGACGAGAAGACAUGUGUCGUGGAGAGCACAUCCAAUGCUAACAUAUCCGUCGAGGAUUAUAAGACUACUCCAGAAGGUAAACCGAGCGAAAUCUACCUAAAAGUAACUCCAGACCCAAUCGCUUUUGUGAUGAAGUUCAUUGAGGGCAAGAUGAUGAUAGAAUUCAAGGGAAGCUGGUCUGCCUUCCAAGUGGAUCACGUUGGACUAAAAGUGAUUAAAGUUCCUGAGGUUGCGCAAGUUGAGGUUGAUCAAGUUGAGGUUGCUCAAGUUGAGGUUACCCAAGUUGAGGUUACCCAAGUUGAAGAGAGUCAGGCACAAACUCAAGUCCAAGAAGUAGUCCAAGAAGUGGUGGAAACUGAAGUCGUCACCACUAGUUGA